AUGAAGCUGUCUACAUAUGCCGGCCCUCUCGUGGCCGCAUUGCUCUACUCUUGUUCAGGACUUGCAGCCAACAGCUCCGACAGUGAGCCCACUCUACAAUUGAGUACAGACUCCGCAUUCAACUUCCAGUUUCUUAUUGCGCUCGGCAACUCUCUCACUGGAGGAUCAGAUAUCGACCCUGUUCUGGGCGUAGCCAAAAACAUCAAAGCCGGUGAUAUGGCAUCCUACAGCAAAGAAUACCACAAGCUAGCCAGAGACACAAAAGCCCAGGCAGACAAUCCCGAAAAUGCUUACGAUCCUAUCAAUGUCAGAGACACCUGGUUCUCAGCCUCCCAUUACUUCCGUCGCACAGACUUCUACCUUCAUGGCAACUGGAGCAACCCACUCAUCAACAGCCUAUGGGCAGAGCAGACUGCAGCUUUCAACAAGGCCAUAGCUGCAUUGCCAGUCCCCGGUAAGCGCGUUCUCAUCCCUGCUAGGGAGGGAAAUUUCACAGUUGAAGCUAUCUGGUUCGGUGCACCGAAUAGCGAAAACCGCAAGUUGCCAACUUUGGUGGUUGGAAACGGAUACGAUGCAGCACAAGAAGACUCCUACCACUACUUUGUCGCCAAGGCAUUGGAGCGUGGAUGGAAUUGUAUCACCUAUGAAGGUCCUGGCCAACCCACAGUGCGUCGAAAGCAAAAUAUUGGUUUCAUUCCAGAUUGGGAGAAGGUAGUCACUCCAGUAGUGGAUUAUCUUCAUUCUGCAAAGGCGGAUGUCGUGGACAAAGAUCAGGUUGUACUUGUCGGAAACUCGAUGGGUGGCUAUCUAGCAGCCCGGGCAGCGGCUUUUGAGAAGCGGCUGGCUGCAGUAGUUCUUGUUCCCGGAGUAUGGGAUCUAUAUGCUUCUUUCACGCAGCAAUUGCCAUCCAAGCUCCUGGAUAUAUAUGAUGCUGGUAACUACACACAAUUCGACAAAGAGCUCUUUUCGUUGCGAAAAUCAGGCAGACUCUCCACGAAUGCCGCCUGGGGUCUGGACCAAGGUCUCUGGUCAUUCUACACACACUCGCCAUCUGAUUUUCUCACCCAGAGUAAACAGUACCGACUGAAGGAUGUUGUUGACAAAAUUGAUAUGCCAGUCUUUGUCGGUGAUGGUGAAUAUGAUGAUUUGACCCCAGGACAGGCCGUGCCGCUCAAGAAGGCCCUAGGCGAGAAGGCUACCCUGCAUCAGUUUAACGGGACGGCUGGUUAUCAUUGCCAGACUGGCGCUCUCCAGGAUCUGACGAGAAGCAUGUUUGCAUGGAUUCACAAAACCUUGGAAAACCCUUGA